AUGAACUAUAUGUUGUCUUUUGUCCUCUUGACGGCAAUUACGCUUUCUUUUAUGUCGUAUCAAACAUAUUCGAUAUGUAUGGAUUUUCAUGAUCCAAUGGAUUUAAGUAAAUCAUCAAUAGUUGACUGUUCUUUGAAACAAAAUGAUAACGUACUCGAUGAUAAUUUUCAGUUAAAUGAUAAUGAUGACCUAUUUCAGGUGAAAUUUGAUUGUCAAAUCAAUGAUCAAGAAAUAUGUGCAAAAGUUGAAAAUUCGUUCAAAACGGCAGGGGAUAUAAUUACUACUUCUCUCGUGCUUCAUACGCCCAUCAUCGUUGAAGCCCUUUUUAGCCAAAUGGAUCCAAAUGUAUUAGGAGCGGCAGCCACGACCAGAUUAAUUUCAAUAACAGAUGAUGAUAAUAAGGAAAGGUUUUAUCCACAAGCAUUGGUAAAACAAAUGCAGUUGACAUCACAAAUGGCAGGGUACGCAGAUUCAGACAUAAAAGCACAUUUUAAUUCAUUGCAAGAUUGGUAUUUCCCUGAUGAUACAGGAUCUAUAAAAGAAGGUCAACAUGAACUUUUAUAUACCGUUUUGCAUGAACUUAUACAUGGUUUAGGAUUUCUUUCAAGUUGGAAAAAUCAUAUUGACUUGCAAUUACAAACGACAACAAGAGGUUUAACUCCUUUUGUUGUAACGGGAUCUAACGUUCCUCCCGGUCUACCAGAUGGAUCAUUUGAGUUUACGGGAUUUUACGAAACUAUAUUUGAUAAAUUCAUCGUGAUGAAUCAUGACGACGAUCGAGAUGAUUUGUCUACGUUGACUGACGAAUUAAAUCAAUUCUCGGGUAGAAAUAAACAAUUUACACAAUUAUCAAGUUUUUAUAAUGAAUUACAAAAUUCUUCACAGUUUGAUGCGGCUAAAGAAGCGCUAUCAUUAAGCACCAUAAGAAAUUCUUUAAUCUUUUUACCGAAAGGAUCAACAAACAUUCGAGAUGAUGGAUUGAUAUUAGAGACGAGUCUUAACACUUUUAUACCGGGAACAAGUAUUGUUCAUGCAGACCUUGCCACGUAUUCUACUGAUUCGGAUUUCUUGAUGACAUACACCGGAUUGAAAGGCGUACCAAUGAAUGAAAUCAUCAGAAAAAGUGGUAAUCGUACCGGUAACGCUAUCGGUCCGAAAUUACUUGGGGUAUUAAAUUCCAUCGGAUAUACGAUAGCUAAUAAUCCAAUCAAACCAAAUCCCAAAGAUUAA